GUUUUAACAGCUUAUUUUUAUUUUCUAAGUGAAACGUCCUUCACCAGGAGAGUUUAAAUCAAGGUAAGACGGUUAGUUCGCCGGACCGCUCCUGUUCAGAAGGUGGCGCUAAUGCGCUAAACGUUGUUUGCCAGCCGCCGAAGAGCGGAGCAGCAGAGGCCGCCGAGGAAGACGUUUCACGUUGUCCGUCUGGCUGCUCGCGCGCUGGAGCGGCUCUGAAGGCGCCGAAUGGCGGGACUGGAGCUGCUGUCCGAUCAGGGCUACCGGCUGGACGGGCGGAGAGCGGCGGAACUCCGCAAGGUCCAGGCCCGGAUGGGGGUCUUCGCUCAGGCGGACGGCUCGGCCUACAUUGAGCAGGGCAACACCAGAGCCCUGGCUGUAGUAUACGGACCACACGAGGUUCGAGGGUCCCGCAGUAAAACCCUACACGACCGUGCGGUCAUCAACUGUCAGUACAGCAUGGCCACGUUCAGCACUGCGGAGAGGAAGAGGCGCCCGCACGGCGACCGCAAGUCCAGCGAGAUGAGUCUGCACCUCAAACAGACCUUCGAGGCCGCCGUGCUCACUCAGCUCUACCCGCGCUCCCAGAUCGACAUCUACGUUAAGAUCCUCCAGUCGGACGGUGGGAACUACAGCGCGUGUGUGAAUGCUGCGACUCUGGCCCUGGUGGACGCAGGGAUCCCCAUGCGGGACUACGUGUGCGCCUGCACUGCGGGCUUCGUGGAGGACACGCCGCUGGCGGACCUGUGCCACGCGGAGGAGAGCGGGGGCGGCACCACGCUGGCCCUGGCACUGCUGCCCCGUAGCGAGAACAUCGCCCUCGUGCAGAUGGACGCACGGCUCCACCAGGACCACUUGGACGCGCUGAUGGAGGCGGCAAUGAUGGCCUGUAAAGGACUCAGUAAAGUCCUGGACAGCGUGGUGCGCCAGCAUCUGCAGGAAGUGUCUGUGCUGACCAGAGAAUGAAGAGCUGUGUCUGGUGCACCAGUAUGUCCACAAAAGUUUGCAUUUAAAGUGGAAAAAAUAUUUUCUCUUUUUUUUUUUUUAUUAUUAAAUAAAAGAUUUGGAUGUAA